AUGCCUCAACUGAUUCCAUAUCUGACGAUCGCGACGGUUUCGCUUGUUGCCGGGUGUUGCAUUGGAGCGCUGCUUGUUCCUGUAGUGGGACCUUCGCCCGUGACGUCGCCGUUCCAGUCGCUGCUGACGACGGCGAGCAGAUCGCAGACCCCGUCCUCUGAAGGGUAUUUGAGCGACGACGAGGACGAGGAAGAGGAGAUGGCCAUUGACUCGAGCUCGUUGAACGAGAUUCCGGGCGAGUGUCGGAUGGCCCUGGUGGUGCGGACGGAUCUGGCGAUGCAGAAGGGCAAGGUUGCGGCCCAAUGUGCGCACGCGGCCGUUGCAUGUUACCGGCUGAUGUCCGAGCCCGGCACAGAGGCCCAGAAUCUGCCGCUGUUGCAACGGUGGAAGAACCGCGGACAGGCCAAGAUCACGCUCAAGUGUUCUGGCAUGGACGAGAUGGACACGCUGUUUGCCAAGGCGCUGAGCCUGAACGUCAACGCAUACAUCGUGCACGAUGCUGGGCGCACGCAGAUCGAGGCCGGGUCUGCAACGGUUCUUGGGCUGGGCCCGGCCCCGAAACCGGUUCUGGACCUCAUCACGGGAGACCUGAAACUGAGAGAUCGCUUAGCAUUUAUGGGUCAAAUAUUGUCACAACCGGUGACGGAAAAGACGUCUGAGGAAGGCGGGGAUGCGUUCGUUGCAUACGGGUUAUCUUGUAUGCAAGGGUGGCGUAUCUCGAUGGAGGACUCGCACUCCACGAUUCUGAACCUCAACGAUGGGGAGAGCGAGCAGGAGCAGGUUGCGUUUUUCGGCGUGUACGACGGACACGGGGGCGAAAAAGUGGCGCUGUUCACAGGAGACAAGCUGCCUGGCAUUCUGAAGGCCACUAACAGCUACAAGAAGGCGGACUACCCGCAGAGUCUGAAGGAUGGGUUCUUGGCGUGCGAUGUUGCGAUUUUGGACGACGACGAGCUGUCCAAGGAUCCGUCCGGAUGCGCAGCAACAUCGGUGAUUAUUUCCAAAGAUAGAAUAUACUGCGGUAACGCGGGCGACUCCAGAACCGUCAUGAGCGUCAAUGGCCAGUGCAAGCCGCUAUCUUUCGACCACAAGCCAACCAACGAGGGCGAGAAGGCCAGAAUCGUUGCUGCUGGCGGAUACGUCGAUCUGGGACGUGUCAACGGUAACCUGGCCUUAUCUAGAGGCAUUGGUGACUUUGAGUUCAAGCAGUCUCCACAGUUGCCUGCUGAGGAACAAGUGGUGACUGCGUUCCCUGAUGUACUUGUUCACGAGGCCACGAAGGAGGACGAGUUCAUCAUCUUGGCGUGCGACGGUAUCUGGGACUGUUUGACGUCGCAACAGGCCAUUGACUUUGUCAGACGCGGAAUCAAGCUGAAGCAGUCGCUGACAGAGAUUUGCGAGUCGAUGAUGGACACGUGUCUGGCUCCAAGCUCUGGCGGGUCUGGAAUUGGGUGCGAUAAUAUGAGUGUGUGUAUCGUUGCGCUUCUGCACGGCCAGACGCUGGAGGAGUGGUACGCCAAGAUCGGCGAACGCGUGGACGACGUGAGCAAGCUGCUGUCUCCGGACGAGCUCUCGAUGGACCUGUACAAGGUGAACAUCGAGUCGAAAUUUCAAAACAGUCACGACGAGGACCAGCCACGGUCCGGCAACCUGGGAAUGAAGAAUAGAGACAAGAACGACGACGACGACGACGAAGGCGGGUUCGACACCGACCUCAGCGGGUCUCCGAUGCUCAUACAGCAGCUCCUGGCCGCCUCCAACAUAUCGACCAACAACAACAUCAUCUACCUGGACUCGUCAACUUCUUCGAUUUUGCAGUCUCUUGGCGUGAUGGGCGACGAGAUCGAGGUCGACGACGAAGAGGACAGCGACAAGAUGGUGGAGCUUGAGGAGGAAGAGAAAUAA